GUAAGAACCAGCAUCCAGAGGAACCCAGAGAUGAUCAGAGGACUAAUUCUCACAGGACUACUGGUCCUGCAACAGAUGGAUGUACAGGCACAUGUGUUGAGUAGACACAGCUCGGCCAGCAACAUUGCCAAACUUAAGAGCCUGCUGCAGCAGUUUGAGGAGGCCCUGGCCGCAGAGGAGACUUCUGAGAGAGCUGUCGAUUAUGAAGACAGCAACUCCGUACUGGAGCAGAGCCCAGCUUCCACGUCCUGGGACAGAGACCAAGAGGAAGAGGCCCCUCCAGCAGAGGACACAAACCCUGGAGAUGGAUUUGAUACACAGAGAAAUCGUCUCAUAGAUCUUCUCAUGUCCACCCGGAGUAAAAGUCUCUCUGGCUGUUUUGGGGGGAGACUGGACCGUAUAGGGUCUUCCAGCACCCUCGGGUGCAACUCUAAAAAAGGUUAGCAGCAAAGUGAAUAGUGACAUUAAAAAUAUUAAGUGCAUAAAAAAAUUAUGCAUUUCAAUCUUGAGCAUUUGCAAUUUUUUUUUUAUUUUUAUUUUUUUAUUAAUGUAAGAUGUGGAAAUUACACAAACAGUUUCCCAUCAAUAUUCUCAUCAAUAUAUUGCAACUUGUGAAAUAUGCUUUAUAUUACUUUAUGACUUGCUUUUAGAUUGGUUUAUUGAUGUAUUUAUAUUGUACGAGUUGUAAUUUGAGUGCUAAUGAAGAUAUUUAAGAUAUGAAUCAAAUUAUUAUUAUGGGUUGUUGACAUGAGGUAUCUUUGGGAAAAAUUGACAUGACCUGUGGUGCGACACUAUAUUCCAUCUAAAACUGUUUUAAAGUGCAUUGCGAAUUCUUUAAUAUGUAUUAUGCAUGCAGCUUUUAUGACCUCAUGUUAAUUGAAAAACUAUAUGGAAUAUUUGUACUUUUAAAAAUGUAUUUGUCAGACCACAAGACCAUUUAAAAUGAACUAGUGAAGGUAAAAGGUUGUGUAAAACUGUAAAGAAAUGGUGACCAGUUACAGUAUCUAAGACAUACAUUUUCCAUUGUGUAAUUUUAAUGUAAAGUCCAGAUGUUUAUAAAACCAAUCCACAGGCAUGAACUAUCCAUAUACGUAUAUGACAUAUAAUGUGUACUAGUCAUGUUUUAUUUAUUCUGCAUGAAUUUACAAGCUUUUGUGAGAUACUUUGUCUGGUGUGUAGCUUGUUCUUUUGAUGAGACUUAAGCAAUUGUGAAAAGAUUGUGCUAUUUUAAAAAACAAUACUUUGUAACACUUUAAAUUCAAAAUUAUUAAGGCCUAGAUUUGAAAUACUUAAGCUUUUUUGUUGAAAAAACAGUACAGCUAGAUGCAAGAAUAUUGAAGGCCUAUUAAUCAGAACUGAAAAAUGUAAAGUUAAUAAAAUCUUUCUUUUAAAUAA